AUGUCUGGCAUAGGUUCCAUGUAUCAAAAGUACCGAGUGUUUGGCAUGUUGGGUUUUAUGGCUGUUGCCUCUGCUGCAAUUAUUCCGUUGCAAAAUGGUUUAAGGCAGCAGAAUACCAACCCGGAUGUGUCUGAAAAUGGACUUGGACUAAAUGGCGAAGGCUAUACAUACCAAGCUAAUGGUUUAACAGAAAACCUACAAUCCUCCGUAGAGGGCAGUGGGUUCGAGGAACUACCAAAAGCAGAUGCCACCAAUGUGGGCAAUGAUGGCUAUGAGUAUCAAAUUGUGCGACGCCUUAGAUAUCGUCAACGUCGCGAUGUCUCCGAAAUCGCCAACGAAUAUUUGCCUCCUUCCGAGGAAGCUCCUAUGGAAACUGUUUCUGAAGCUAUUGUUGAAGAGGAACCUCAAAAAUCGGCCGCCCUGGGCUCAGAUGGCUAUGAAUACAAGACCGUGCGACGCUUGAAGUACCGUCAACGUCGUGAUGUCUCCGAAAUCGCCAACGAAUACCUGCCUCCUUCUGAGGAAGCACUUGUAGAACCUGUUGCUGAAGUUAUGACUGAAGAGGAACCCAAAGAAUCUGCCAUGUUGGGUUCCGAUGGCUAUGAAUACAAGACAGUGCGUCGCUUGAAAUACCGUCAACGUCGUGAUGUCUCUGAAAUCGCCAACGAAUACCUGCCUCCUACUGAGGAAGCACCUGUAGAAUCUGUUUCCCAAGUAAAGACCGAAGAGGAACCACAAGAAUCCGCCAUGUUGGGCUCCGAUGGCUAUGAAUACAAGACAUUGCUUCGCUUGAAAUACCGUCAACGUCGUGAUGUCUCCGAAAUCGCCAACGAAUAUUUGCCUCCUUCCGAGGAAGCUCCUAUGGAAACUGUUUCUGAAGCUAUUGUUGAAGAGGAACCUCAAAAAUCGGCCGCCCUGGGCUCAGAUGGCUAUGAAUACAAGACAGUGCGUCGCCUGAAGUACCGCCAACGUCGUGAUGUCUCCGAAAUCGCCAACGAAUAUUUGCCUCCUUCUGAGGAAGCACCUGUAGAACCUGUUGAUGAAGUUAUGACUGAAGAGGAACCCAAAGAAUCUGCCAUGUUGGGUUCCGAUGGCUAUGAAUACAAGACAGUGCGUCGCCUGAAGUACCGCCAACGUCGUGAUGUCUCCGAAAUCGGCAACGAAUAUUUGCCUCCUUCUGAGGAAGCACCUGUAGAACCUGUUGAUGAAGUUAUGACUGAAGAGGAACCCAAAGAAUCUGCCAUGUUGGGUUCCGAUGGAUAUGAAUACAAGACAGUGCGUCGCCUGAAGUACCGCCAACGUCGUGAUGUCUCCGAAAUCGCCAACGAAUAUUUGCCUCCUUCUGAGGAAGCACCUGUAGAACCUAUUGAUGAAGUUACGACUGAAGAGGAACCCAAAGAAUCUGCCAUGUUGGGUUCCGAUGGCUAUGAAUACAAGACAGUGCGUCGCCUGAAGUACCGCCAACGUCGUGAUGUCUCCGAAAUCGCCAACGAAUAUUUGCCUCCUUCUGAGGAAGCACCUGUAGAACCUGUUGAUGAAGUUAUGACUGAAGAGGAACCCAAAGAAUCUGCCAUGUUGGGUUCCGAUGGCUAUGAAUACAAAACAGUGCGUCGCCUGAAGUACCGCCAACGCCGUGAUGUCUCCGAAAUCGCCAACGAAUAUUUGCCUCCUUCUGAGGAAGCACCUGUGGAACCUAUUGAUGAAGUUACGACUGAAGAGGAACCCAAAGAAUCUGCCAUGUUGGGUUCCGAUGGUUAUGAAUACAAGACAGUGCGUCGCCUGAAGUACCGCCAACGUCGUGAUGUCUCCGAAAUCGCCAACGAAUACUUGCCUCCUUCUGAGAAAGCACCUGUAGAACCUGUUGAUGAAGUUAUGACUGAAGAGGAACCCAAAGAAUCUGCCAUGUUGGGUUCCGAUGGCUAUGAAUACAAGACAGUGCGUCGCCUGAAGUACCGCCAACGUCGUGAUGUCUCCGAAAUCGCCAACGAAUACUUGCCUCCUUCUGAGGAAGCAUCUGUAGAACCUGUUUCCGAUGUUAAGACCGAAGAGAAACCUCAAGAAUCUGCCGCCCUGGGCUCAGAUGGCUAUGAAUAUAAAACAGUGCGUCGCUUGAAAUACCGUCAACGUCGUGAUGUCUCCUCCGAAAUCGCCAACGAAUACUUGCCUCCUUCUGAGGAAGCAUCCGUAGAGCCGGUUGCUGAAGUUAUGACAGAAGAGGAACCAGAAGAAUCCGCCAUUUUGGGCUCCGAUGGCUAUGCAUAUAAAACAGUGCGUCGCUUGAAAUACCGUCAACGUCGUGAUGUCUCGGAAAUUGCCAACGAAUACUUGGCCCCUUCUGAGGAAGCAACUGUAGAACCCCUUGCUGAAGUUAUGACUGAAGAGGAACCCAAAGAAUCCGCUGCCCUGGGCUCCGAUGGCUAUGAAUAUAAAACAGUGCGUCGCUUGAAAUACCGUCAACGUCGUGAUGUCUCCGAAAUCGCCAAUGAAUACCUGCCUCCUUCUGAGGAAGCACCUGUAGAACCUCUUGCUGAAGUUAUGAAAGAAGAAGAACCUCAAGAAUCCGCCGCCCUGGGCUCAGAUGGCUAUGAAUACAAAACUGUGCGUCGCUUGAAAUAUCGUCAACGUCGCGACGUCUCGGAAAUCAUCAAUGAAUACAUUCCACCUUCCCAAGAAAACGUUUCAAAGCCUGUUGCUGUAGUUAUGACAGAAGAGGAACCUCAAGAAUCCGCCGCCUUGGGAUCUGAUGGCUAUGAAUACAAAACAGUGCGUCGCUUGAAAUACCGUCAACGUCGUGAUGUCUCGGAAAUUGCCAACGACUACUUGCCUCCUUCUGUGGAAGCACCUGUAGAACCUGUUUCCGAUAUUAAGACCGAAGAGGAACCUCAAGAAUCCGCCACACUGGGUUCAGAUGGCUAUGAGUACAAGACAGUGCGUCGCUUGAAGUACCGUCAACGUCGCGAUGUCUCGGAAAUCCUUAAUGAAUACAUUCCACCUUCCCAAGAAAACGUUCCAAGUGUUGCCAAAGAAUAUUUCUCUCCUUCUGAGGAAGUUCCUGUAGAAUCUGUGCCUGAAGUUAUGAUUGAAGAAGAACCUCAAGAAUAUGCUGCUCUUGGCUCUGACGGUUAUGAAUACAAAACUGUGCGUCGCUUGAAGUACCGCCAACGUCGCGAUGUCUCAGAAAUUGCCAACGAAUACUUGGCUCCUGCUGUAGAAACACCUGUUGCAACUGUUUCUGAAGUAAAAUCUGUAGAGGAGCCUCAAGAGUCCACCAUGUUGGGCUCCGAUGGCUAUGAAUACAAAACCAUACGUCGCUUGAAGUAUCGUCAACGUCGCGAUGUUUCCGAAAUUGCCAACGAAUACCUGCCUCCUACCGAGAAUGAGGGCAAACCUACAAAUGAGUAUGUCCCACCCUCAUCAGAGUCUAUCUUUCAAAGCCAAGAGUUAUCCGCUGAUACGGCCAUUUUGGACAAGGAUGGCUACAAAUACAAGACUGUACGCCGUUUAAAAUUCUAA